UGAGUUAUAAUUCAAACUACCGCCAUGAGGUUUUUGCUUCUACUUCUCCCUCUCUGCUGCUUGGUUGGCGCACAGAACGAUGUAGUUGAUGUUAUGAAUAACCUCGGUUUAAGGACCGCGGUGCAGCUACUGGGGGUGGCAGACCUUAUCUCAACAUUGCAAGACAGAGAGUCGUGCACGGUGUUUGCACCAACGGAUGAGGCGUUUGCUAAUCUCCCGACUGAUCUGAAGGAGCAUUUACUGUCCAGCAAAAUGUUUCUAAUAGAGGUACUAAUGUUCCAUGUAAGCCCCAAUACAACCAUGUCGAACGACUGGAAGAACAAUAAGCUAGUAAUGACUCUCCUGGAAACCCUGUACAUUCGAAUCAACAAGUACCCAUCGACUAAAGCAACCACAGCUAACGGGGGCUUGGUCAGUAAACCAGACAACAAGGCCAGUAACGGGGUUGUUCACGUGAUCGACCAGAUUCUGUACCCUCUACCCUUCGAUAGCAUCGCCAACGAAGUAGGCAUGGUCGAGCAAUUGUACCAGUUGAGCGAAGUCAUCGCCAAGGCUGGUUUUGGAAAAAUCUUGAAUGAUGACGGACCUCUCACUUUCUUUGCUCCAACCGACGACGCUUUCCAGAAGCUCCCCAACGCUACUCUACAAAACCUCUUGAAAAACGUGACGGCACUGUCAAACGUUCUGUCCUAUCACGUCGUCAGGGGAGUCUACUACAAGGCAGGCUUGAGCGAUGGGGAACAGCUAGUGACCCUACAGUCAGGAAUACUUGAAUGUCAUGUAAAUCGUACAUCUGGUCUGGGAACGCAGGUGGAGAUAAACAACGGAAAGAUCGCCGGGCUUGUUAUCCCAGCACUGAACGGACCGGUACAUAUGAUUGACACCGUCCUCUUACCUCCGAACUGGAAUGUUUAAAACACGUUUAGAUUCUAGGUUUAGAUUUUUGGAAAUUUCAGACAAUGCUGUAGACGGCUAACCGAAGCUGCUUAGCUGAUGGUGGGUGCAAACACAUACAAAACACGUUUGAACGACUCCAACUGUAUGAACGGUCGAAAUUACUGAAGUUCAAUUGUCACCGUCCUUCAUACAGAAUCUUUGGAAUUAAUGACUGGAAUUUUAGUUGAUAAAGUCGACUAUCAUUAGCAUCAAUAUUUUCUUAGCUUUGUCUAAAAUUUGUUUUGACUUCAUUUGCAUGCGAAUUGUCGAUUUUCAUUAAAAUUUGCUGAAUAACGAGACUAAUUUUGCGUGUAGGCAAUUCGUACUCGGACCCCAAACCACACAGUCUGCUACCGAGAAUACGUUAUAUAUGUGUGACUCUAGAACACAAAAGCGUGCUUGCGUAGCUAGUCCAAAAGCGUGCUUGAACAUGUUUUGGUAACCAAACACCAGCACCUGAAAUGUAUUCCUUUUGAACCUGAGAAGCCCCGUACCAAGAAGAACUGACGUAUAAGGAAGUAUGUAUAUGGAAAAGUCAGUUACCUUUUAUUUUUCUCAUGUGUAGGGGAGGAAGGGUUUUCUUAUGCUAAAUCACCA